CACACACACACACACACACACACACACACACACACACACACACACACACACAUCAUACAUACAAAGACAGAGCGAAAGUAUGUGUAAUUACUUUUCCGAUGUGCAACAUCGUUUACAUCGUUUCCGAAUAGUUUGACUCGUGAGAAGUCAAUUUCUCGGUCCGAUUCAACAAUUCAUUAAUCCAGUCUUUGCGGUGCUUCGCGCGAGCUGCGACAAUCGUAUUUUUCUCUCAUCUGUGGCGACAGAGCGCGACUGAUCUUUUUCUCUUUAUUCUACUAGUUUCUCACACGUACGAACGAUUUUAUCUCUCGCGGAAAUUCCUGCUUAUCGUUCUCGGGGGAGUUUAUCGGUACAUAAAAACAUUAAAAAUACCCUUGAGGCUGCGUUGGCAAAGUUUGCGGACGAAAAUGGAAUACGCGCGUCGAUACGAUACGACGGGGAGUUACGAGAUCCCGGCGACGAUUUUGCCGGAAUUACCUCCGCCGCGGUCAUUACAUCGCCUAUUUGUCCUCGAGCGUGCCUCGGCGCGGUACACGCGAACGUCCGUUCGUCCGUCCGUCGGUCGGUCGGUCGGUCGUGUGUCCAUUGGUCCUUCGAAUAGGAAGAGAGAUGACACGCGUGCCGGGCGCACGACGAUUGAUUAGGGUCGUCCCCGCGGCAACCGAUGGGCAAACACAAAUAAAACAGGCGGACACUCUGGAGCGAGCCUGCGGAGCGUUCUCAGUAGACAGCUGACCGGUUCCUACGCGCAAUAUCUGCUUUGAGUUUUCGAGUUGUGCGCGCCGGUGGAGCCCGAAAGAGCGAGGAAAGAGAGAGACGGAGCUAAUCUACUGGCAGCCCGGUGCCACAACAGCGACUACGUUUUCACCCUCAAGCCGUAACUGGACCGCGAAAGCCGCGCUUCCACCCCGCCGUCCUACUUCUCUUGCACACGUCUCUCGCUCGCUCGCUCGUUCCGAGACCGAGUUAACGAUAUCGAGUUCGAUAUAAAGUGUAGUUACGCUUAAUCGCGCCGGAAAUACGCCGAAGUUCUUCUCGAAAGAGGCGGCAAACUUUCGCUCGCGAACCCCUCAGCAUCGCUCGACGAAGGGUGAAACGCUGAUCAGUGAUAUCGCGUCGAACGACUUGUAGCCGACUCGUGUCGUUAGCGUGUCCUUGAAAGUAUCCUCCGCAGACCGAGCCCGAUUGCCCUUUACUAUUUUCCCUUACCAGUCGGGAAACUGUUCACCGUUCGUAUCCAGUUGCGACGCGCGGACAACGCAUGAGCGAUCAUGGUAACCGGUCGUCGUGUCGCCGGGAUUUGUAUUCUGCACGUUCUGUCAGCGAUUUUUACGGCCCACGGGGCGGAGGACACGUCCAGCGACAAACAGAAACCGACGCAGUCGAGGCCGGUGAAUCUCUGUAGGUUUUCUCCUCAUUCUUCGGGAUGGGGAAACCUCGUGAGGCAGUAAACGCAUUUGAUCACGCCGUAAUAGUCUAUUAUCGACUGAUGUUUGUUAACGCGUAAAAGGGAGAUCUCUCACAGUCUCUUCUAGGACGCCUCGGCAAAGCUGAGAACUAGUCUGUACUUUUUUUAUGUACUUAGCAUACGAUUACUUUUUGUAACGCGUGCGGCGUAACUUUCUUCCUAAAGUAGAAUAAUUGUUGAGGCUGUCGAAGAUACCGUAUAGUGUUACUUAAGAUCGUUCGAAUUCACCUCACUUUUCUUUUUGCAUGCCGCGUCGACGGUACCUUUCUCCCCUGCGACUAGUUAUAAUUAAUGUCGCGAGGAACGAGAUUGCCAACGCGAGCGUGACCAGCGCUCUGAAGACUCUGCGGGAUAAGUAUCCGGGUUACCUGGGCCAGGUGUGGGUAUCACAGAUGAACGUGACUGACGGCGGUGAGAUCGUUGACAGCAUGUGCCAAGCUUGGAAUUCGGCCAUUAGUCAGGGCGGCUCCAAUGUCCCCGACUUGGUCUUGGACUUGUCGAUGUCCGGUAUGAACGCCGAAGUCUCCAGCUCGCUCACCGCGGCUCUCGGACUACCGACUUUGUCUGCUCAGUACGGACAAGAGGGCGAUAUCCAGUACUGGCGGAACCUGGAUACCGAUCAGAAAGGUUACUUGGUCCAGGUAAUGCCGCCGGCUGAUCUGGUGCCAGAGGUGAUCCGGCAGAUCGCACUCCUCCUGAACGUCACCAAUGGCGCCAUCCUCUUCGACAAGAACUUCGUGAUGGAUCACAAGUACAAGAGUCUGCUGUUGAACGUACCCACGAGACACGUCAUUAAUGAAAUAGCGACCUCGCUUGACGGGAUACGGAUACAACUAUCGGCAUUGCGGGAUCUCGAUGUAGUUAACUACUUUAUGCUGGGCGCUGGCGAGGCCAUCAAUAUGUUGUUGAAUUGCGGAGAGGCAUUGAGUUUCAUCGGAGCUAAGUACGGCUGGUUCAUCAUCAGCUUGGACGACGAAAUGUGGCCGAGCUGCUCAUGCGAAAACAUCACAGUGCUGUUCCUGAAGCCGCAGCCGCCAGCGGCCGCGGAUGACAAGAAUCAAGUUCAAUUCGCGAUGAGGGAGAGCCUGCCGAAGCCGGUUCUCAGUUCUGCUUUCUAUUACGACCUCACCCUAUUAGGCGUUAAGGCGAUGAAGUCGGCCAUAGACAAUGGUGACUGGCCAAUGGAACCGCAUCAUAUUGAUUGCGACAGCUACAACGGCACGAAUCGACCUACCAGAGGAUUAGACUUCUUCGCUAAACUCGUAGCGACCUCGAAGGACAUGACGCCGACGUACGCUAACAUUGUUUGGGGUACGAAGAAUGGCGAGCAUCACACGAACUUUACCAUGAAUAUGUAUAUGGUGAACAUCGAGCGCGAGAGGAUCACGUCGAAGAUAGAGAGCGGAAUCUGGCAAGCGGGUACUGAGUCGAUCUUGCAGGUCACCAACGAGGACAUCAUGAACAACAGCGCUGUGACGAGCUACCGCGUGAUCACCGUGCAACACCCGCCCUUCGUCAUGUACAACAACAAGACCAACGAGUGGUACGGCUUCUGCAUUGACCUGCUGGACGCGAUCCGCGAGACCGUGCCGUUUGAGUACGAGAUACGCGAGGUCGAGGACCAGAAUUACGGGUCGCUGACCGAGAACGGCAGCUGGAACGGCAUGAUCCGCGAUCUCGUGGAGAAGCGCUCCGACAUCGCGCUCGGCUCGCUCUGGGUCAUGGCCGAGCGGGAAAAAGUCGUGGACUUCACCGUGCCGUACUACGAUCUGGUCGGCCUGACCAUCAUGAUGCUGAAGACGAAGACGUCGACGUCGCUGUUCAAGUUCCUCACUGUGCUGGAGAACGAAGUCUGGCUGUGCAUACUGGCGGCGUAUUUCUUCACCAGUUUCCUCAUGUGGAUGUUCGAUCGAUGGUCGCCGUACAGCUAUCAGAACAACCGCGACAAGUACAAGAAUGAGGAGGAGAAGAGGGAGUUCAAUUUGCGCGAGUGCUUCUGGUUCUGCAUGACCUCGUUGACGCCGCAGGGCGGCGGCGAGGCGCCGAAGAAUCUGUCGGGAAGACUGGUGGCGGCCACGUGGUGGCUCUUCGGCUUCAUCAUCAUCGCGUCCUACACAGCCAACUUGGCCGCGUUCCUCACCGUGUCCAGGCUGGAGAUACCGAUUGAGACUCUGGAGGAUCUCAGCAAGCAGUACAAAAUACAAUACGCUCCUACGCUCAACUCGCCUGCGUACACCUAUUUCCAAAGAAUGGCGAACAUCGAGGCACGGUUUUACGAAAUCUGGAAGGACAUGAGCCUGAACGACAGUCUGUCCGACGUAGAGAGGGCGAAACUUGCCGUGUGGGAUUAUCCAGUUAGCGACAAGUACACGAAGAUGUUCCAGGCGAUGAAGGAGGCUGGCUUCCCGGUCGAUAUGAAUGAAGCGCUCAGACGGAUUCGACGUGAAGGCUCGUACGCGAACAAUGAGUUCGCUUUUAUCGGUGAUGCAUCGACCAUCAAGUACCUCGCCAUGACGAAUUGCGAUCUGGCCCCGGUGGGCGAGGAAUUUUCGAGGAAACCUUACGCUAUCGCCGUUCAGCAGGGCUCGCCGCUCAAGGACCAAUUUAAUAACGCGAUUCUCAUAUUGUUGAACAAGAGGAGACUGGAGAAGCUGAAGGACAAAUGGUGGAAGUACAAUCCCGCGAAGAAGAAUUGCGAGCUGGAGAACAAUCAGAGCGACGGUAUCAGUAUUCACAACAUCGGCGGUGUGUUCCUCGUGAUCUUCGUGGGCAUCGUCUUCGCUUGUCUCACGUUAGCGAUCGAGUAUUGGUAUUAUCGACAUCGGGCGAAAGUCACCGGAUUGCGCAAAGGCUCGUCGCCUAAAACGACGAUCAUGAAGGUCGUGAAACCGCUCAGGCUCAGUCUGCACCCCCGCCUGUCACAGGAUGCACAGCCCUCGCAGUUUGGAUCACGAUAUUAGGAAAUUCGGACGUUCGAGACUGUCGCUCUCGUGAAGAUAUGUAGGAAGAGAAUAACCAUAGAGUUUAUUGCACUCGUGCAGUAAAUCUUUUCAGGCGUGUUGAUGUGUUUUGUUUGUUUCUGUUUAUACACAUCGAUAUGAUCGUUGGAUUUGCGAAUGUUUGUAUCAGUUAGCGCGACAGUACGGUUGCGAAAUAUCGGGAAACGUUGACAAGCUAAUGUGCAUAUCUUUUAUAUAGUCUCAUGUGUGUAUACGUAUUUGCGAUUAGGUAAUUUCUAAGAUAAUAACUAGCGAAAAACAGUCAGUUUGAAUAGAGACUUUUGAAUAGAUAAGAACGAAGAGCUCUCAUAUAAAUUACGAAAUAAAAGGAAAAAGUGGAAAGGUACAGAUAUAUAUAUAUACGAUUUUCACAUUU